GCGCGCAGUCACGUGACCGUGACCGGGCGGCGCGUGAACGUUCAGCGCGGCGCCGCUGCUUCUCCUCCAGGCUGCACGAGCGAAGAUGUGCCGACAGGCGAGGGACGGGGACGCUCCUGGAGCCGGGCCGGCGUUCUCAUCGGGGAUAAAGUAGACGUCGCCGCUGCCGGACCCCCCCCCGCCCCCCCUCUCCCCCACCACCACCACCACCUCCCCCCUUUUUUCUUCUUCUUAUGACGCCAGCUGUCGGGACUCGGCUCGGCGUGUCGCUCGUUCCCGCUGAGUGAGGAUGAGGAGACCCAAAGUGUUCUUGUGCCUGGGCUGCUUCCUCAUGGUCCUCCUCCUCUACUUCAACGGCAGCCUGAAGCCAGCCUCGGAGCCGCCCGGCGAGAGAAGCAGCGGGCAGAAGUCGCGGAGGAGCCCGCUCCAGACGCUUCAUGAUGGAGACCAGGUGGAGUCGGCAGUGCAGGCGGUCCACCAGGGCCGACGGGAGGUGUUGGACGAAGCGUGCCGCUCCUACACCCGCAAACGCAGAGUGCUCAUCCCCGAGGACCUGAAGCACGUCAUCGUGGACGACCAGCACGGCUUGCUGUACUGCUACGUGCCCAAAGUGGCCUGCACCAACUGGAAGCGGGUGCUCAUGGUUCUGACGGGGGUCGCCGGGUCCGUCCGGGACCCACUGGCGAUACCCGCCAACGAGGCCCACAUCCCGGGGAACCUCCGCGCCCUGUCCGAGUACUCCGCUCCGCAAAUCAACCAGCGCCUGCGCUCCUACCUCAAGUUUGUCUUCGUGCGCGAGCCCUUCGAGCGGCUGGUGUCGGCGUACCGCAACAAGUUCACGAGGCCCUACAACACGGCCUUUCAUAAACGAUACGGCACAAAGAUAGUGCAGCAGCACAGGCCGGACCCGCGGCCGGAGGCCCUGCAGAGAGGCAACGACGUCUCCUUCGAGGAGUUUGUGUAUUACCUCGUGGACCCGGCGACCCAGCGAGAGGAGCCCUUCAACGAGCACUGGGAGCGGGUGCACUCGCUGUGCCACCCGUGCCUCAUCCACUACGACGUGGUUGGUAAGUACGAGACGCUGGAGCAGGACUCCCGCUACGUGCUGCAGCUGGCCGGGGUGGAGGACCAGGUCAGCUUCCCCGCCUCGUCCAAGAGCACCAGGACUACGGGAGACAUGGCGGCCCAGUUCUUCCAGAACAUCAGCCCCUUCUACCAGAAGAAGCUGUACAACCUCUAUCGCAUGGACUUCCUGCUCUUCAACUACUCACUACCAGCUUACCUCAAGUUCAGGUGAGGCCUGGACAUCGCUCGUCCACGGGCCGGGCUUGAACGCGUGGAGCUUCUAAAAGUGCAGUUUUUGAGAUGUUUCUCUCCGUUCGGGCCUUUUUACGAACAGUGUAGCUACUGUUGAACAUGUUUCCUGAUUGGAGUUAGAAAGUAAAAAGCGUUCUGACUUCUGGAGAAGAUACAAACAGGACAGGAUUAUACAGUAUUUGACUGUAAAUGCUGACCCAGUGGAUGUCGGUCACUGCCUUUGAAAGUGUGAGAUGCCGUUUGACCUUUAGUUUCUUUUCAUUUCACCAUCUGCUGUUCUUGAAGUGUAAUUCACAUAAAAAAUGUAAUCUGCAAUAGUUUAAUGAAAGUAUUGAGACCGGUAAAGUCUCCAAACGUACGUGCCUCUGAUCUGAGCCUUAUUGUUGACCUCAGCGGACAACUUUUCUUAACUCUGACUAUGUUUAUUUCUUUGUGUUGUAGAGAGGAAGAGAUUUCUGUGUUUCAUCAAUGAUCAUGUUUUUAUUUAUUCUGUCAUUGCUGACUCCCCAAAUUCCUACGAGCCGCAAUAGACCUUUGGUUUUCUUCACAAUUAUCAAAUAAAUGCAUUUCAGCAAAGUUG